AUGCCUGGCACAACACCAUACAUUGGCAAUGCUACGAGAAUUUGGGAAACAAAUGUGCACUGGAGCUUGUACUCUCAGUGCGGAAUAUGGGAUCCUAAAGGACGUGGCGUGGAUAUAUGGGAAUGUAUUAGAGCCCAUGAUUCAACUCAAUUUACCCAGCCGCCUAACGGUUUAUACUGGCGCUACAUCGCCCGCCGGUAA